AUGGUGGCGUUCCGCAAAAGCUUGGAGCUUCUCACCUUGCUGGGCGGGACUGUGCUCAUAGUCUUGAUUCCUGUCGUCACGAUCAGCUUGGUAAUCAAUAAGGUGGACCAACAACACUAUGACAGCUUGGACAUCUUUUACGGAUACCUCGAGCGCAGCGAAGAAACAUCCCAACAGAGAUUGAACCUUGCACGACUAGCGAAAAUGGAUGAUAAAGAGUUGGAGACCUUUGCCGCAGCUGCAGCUAAAGAGAUGAAGAAAAGACGGAAGCACGCCAAUCACGAGGAUCUUCCCGAGUCUUGA